AUUUGAUUCAUUUCAGGCAAAUAUACAAUUUAUUGAUAUUGACGACAUUGUCAUACAUAGCAAUACUUACCUGUAGUCCAAAUGUGGUGCAAAGAGUGGUGCUGUUCGUAGCGCUCAUGUAUUUAUCAUAUUUACAUUUAUUAAGACUUUUCCACGAUUACGGCGGGUAUACGAUAGACAUCACUGGUCCAAUCAUGAUUGCUGUCCAAAAGGUGACAAACGUUGGGUUCAGUCUUCACGACGGAUUAUCCAAAUCUGAGGACGAGUUAACUGCCGAUCAAAAGCGUUAUGCCAUUAGAAAAAGGCCCACAUUUCUAGAGUAUUACAGUUAUGUGUUUCAAUAUUCAACGCUAAUGUGCGGUCCGUUAGUCUUUUACAACGAUUACAUCGAAUUUAUAAACGGCAAAAACUUUGAGCGACACUUACAAAGCAAACUGUCCACAAAGCAGAUGCCAUCCCCUCUGUGGCCUGUACUCCGCAAACUGUUCAUCAGUGUCUCAUUUGCUAUACUACUGGUCACAAUCGCUCCCAUGUUUCCCAUCACACAUCUCGCA